UAAAAAAUUUAUUUUUAUGUAUUCUGUAGUUACCAUUGUAAUUUAUAUACAUAAUGUUUUAUAUUUUCUUUUAUACUAUUUUUUACACUACAUUUUCAUUUUUUACUUUUAUACUUUUUUUAGUCAAAUCAAAGUAUUAUAUAAGUAUUAUUAAUAAAUUUUUCCGUCCAUAUUUUUAAGACGAAAUUGACAAAAUUUAUACUUUUUAUCAAACAUAUAUUUGUACUUAAAAAACAAAUAUAGUAUAACAAAAUAUUUUUAAACAUAUAUCUUUAAACUUAAAAAUAAUGAUAAGAAACAUUAAGUAAUUUUAUAAUAAUUAAAAAAAUAUAAAAAACAAUUAUUUCACAUAUCUUUGUACAUAUCGUAAAAAAUAAUAAUUAAAUUUAUACAUACAUAUGAAAAGUUUUAAUAAAAUAUGUAUAAGAAAAAAAUGAUCUCAAUUUUACAUACUGUACACAAUAUAUUUACAACUAUUUACAUUCAUUAUAUGUUGAUUUUAUUAUUUUAUAUUUAAAUAUAAAAAUACAUAAAUUAUAAUAAUUAUAUAUAAUUUAUAACAUAUUAAAUAAUAUAUAUUAAUAAAUGUUUUUUUAUUUCACAUCAAAACUAUUUUAACAAUAAUAUGAUAAUUAUAUCUCAAUCUCAAAUAUAUUUAUAAAUAUUUAAAUUUGUAUAAUUAUUCUCUAUUAAAUUAUUAAAGAAAUAUUAAGAUUUAUAAUAUUUUAUUAUAUAUUCAAUUUAAUCAUGUAUUAAAGAUCGUUUGAUUUUAUAUUAAAAUAUACAUAAGAACGUAAAAAUUUAUCGUAUAAAUCGAACGUAUAAAUCCUUAAUACAUAUAUAGUAAUUUAUAAAUGUACACUAUAUUUUGUAAAAAAUUUUAAUUUUUGAAAAUAGAAAAAUUUCAUGUACAAUAUCUUUUCGAAUUAUAUUUUUCUACAAAAUAUAAAAUCAAAAUUUUUGACAGUAAAAUUAACAACAAAUUUUUAAUAGAAUCGAUUUUCGAUAAAAUGUUUCAAAGUUCCUUUCUACUUUUUUUAUAAGAGCAAAACUUUAAAACACCCACUAUUAUUAUUUUUGAUUAAAACAUUCGUAUAAUAUAUUAGAAAUCACCAAACAUUUACAAUCAAAAUAUACUAUAUUAUUCGUUCUUCAAAGAUAUAUUGUAAACCGUAAUAUUUAUAUUUUUUACAUUAAAGAUUAAGACUAUAGGUUUAAAAGAGAAAUAUAUUUAUAUGAUAUUUCAUAUCUCGUAUAUGGUUAUAUAUAUAGCAUGGCACAAUUUAAUAUAGAAUAAGAAAGCAAAUAAUAAAAAAAGUAAAAAUAGAAAUAGCAAAAAUUAUAAAAUCAAGACAUCUUUAGAAUAUUUCGAAACUAAUAUAACUAAAAAAAAGAUAGAGAUAUAUUAAAAAUUAUUAAAAAUUAAUUAAAUAAUUAGCAUCACUUCUUUAAGUUCUUUAAAGUUAAAAAUAUCUUUCCAAAAUUAAAGUCGCAAAAUGAUAUAAAAUAAAAAUUAAAAUUUAAAAUCAUUUUUUGAAUAGUUUUAAAAACAUAAUUGAAAAAAUAUGUUUGAUUUAUCAAAAGAUGGUACUAAUUGUCAAUUCUUAUAAUUUUUAUCUCUAUUUUCUUGGUUUUCUUUAUUUAGUUUGAUUUGCGGCACUCUGAAGAUAAUAUUGAUUCUAAUUUUCGUUAUAUCUCUUUUCUCACUAGCAAUAUAUAAUUAAUGGCAAGAGUGUAAAUGAAAUAAUUAUAAAAUAUGUAAGAAAAGAAAUAACAAAAGGAGUUCAAUAUUAUUAUUAAGUUUAUAUUUUUUUAACAUAUUAAAAAAUUAUUUAUUUAGAAAAUUAAUUAUUCAUUGAUAAAAAUGGCUGUAAUAUUUACACGUUCUGUAAAUAUACAAAAUGCAAUAAAUAAUAAUAAUUUUGGUUCUCUUAAAAAUAUAUGGAAUAUUGUACAAUGUUCGGGUGUUAUUUUUAAAUCAUAUUGUAUAAAUGUAAAUGAUGAUAUUUUUUUUGAUAAUUCUACGAAAAUUAAGAAAAAAAAAAUUAAUAAAGUUAUGGAAAUGUAUCUAGAACGAUCUAGAGAAUAUAAACAGUUUAUGGAAAAACAAAUAUUGGAAUAUAAUAUUGGAAAACGAAAUUUAGCAAAAAUGAUGGGUGAAGAUCCUGAUAAUUUUACAAAAGAAAAUAUUAAAAAAGCAAUAUGUUAUUUGUUUCCAUCUGGAAUAUAUGACAAAGAAGCUCGUCCUAUGAUGGCUAAUCCUGAAGAAUUAUAUGCACGUGAAAAAGAAGCAGAAUUUAAUGAAGAUGGUAGACCACAUCAUUUUUUAUAUUAUACUAUUAAACCUAAUUAUUACGAAAUACUUCAUAAAGUUGUAGAAUCAAUAAACUAUUUAAAUAAAAUAGAAGAUCACUUUCUGAUAACAAAUUGGAAAAUUAAAGAAGAGAAAAAAAUAAAUUUGGAUGGAUCAGACUGGUUAGAAAAAUCUAAAUUAGAAAAUGUAUUAGUUGAAAAAUUGUCAGAUUCAGAAUAUGAGUACUUUAUAAAAAGUAUGCAAAGAUUAGCUGAUCAUUCUCUAUCAAAACAUGUAGAACCUUUUAUCAUGAAAUAUAGAAAAUCAUUAAUAAAAAUCAAAGAGAAUAUGCAAUUGCCAAAACCUGAAUAUGAUAGUGAUAAUAGACCUUUUGUACUUAUUGAGAAAUGUCAAAGGAAAACUGCAAUAGGCCAGGUUAAAGUAAUAGGAAAUGGAUCUGGAAAUAUUACUAUUAAUGGACAGGACAUCACAUAUUUUAGCGAUAUAUAUUGUCGUGAACAGAUCAAUGAUGUAAUCGAGUAAAGCGAUAACCGAGAAGGAUAGAGACGAAUCAUUCGCAGACCUUGAAUACGCCAAUAACGAAAAAGAAAGUACAAACGGAGAGGAACGUGGAUAUGGAGAACAUAACGGUAUCCAUUUCGAAUACUCCAAAGCGUACGACCAUGACCUCUUUGCUCCUAACACGAUGGUUGACGUCGAAAAGCUCGACUCGUACGAAUCCAGAGACAAGUUGGUCCUCCGACGAUCGAAGUUUAGAAUACGGUACACCGCCACCCAUAGAAGAGCCGCAUUGUUACUCCAUGUGUGCCAGCGAAACCUCUUGCACGGAGGAAAUUAAUUGCACAUUGCAGGUGAACAAGGAUAUAAUUAAGAAUCUGUUAGUAGAGCAUAUGAGACACAUCGGCGGUCGAUUGCAACUUCUCGAUGAUUUGGAAGAAAAUAAAAUGGACCUAAAGAAUCCCGAGAAUUUCGCGAAAUUAUAUAAGCAACACGAGAUAAACGCUUUGUUACUUCACUCCAGCUUCUUAGGUCAUGUCGACGCGAUUAAAAGUUUACACAAAUGCGGAGCGGAUUUGAAUCACUCGGAACAAGGACAAGGCUUAACUCCGCUGCACUUGUGCGCGUUCAGUAAUUGUUUGGAAGGAGUACAAUAUCUGCUCGAUAACGGAGCCAAUAUUCAUCUGGAACAAACUCAUACACCCUUUCAUUAUGCCGCUUUUGGAAAUGCUUGUAAAGUAACUCAAUAUUUCCUUCAAUUAGGUAUCAGUCAGGAAUCUUGUUACGGGGAGGAAACUGUGUUACACAGUGCGGCCAGAUCAGAUGCUUACAACGUGUUAAAGUUAUUGGCACCUAAUAAUCCUACUUUGGAUAAUUUAGAUUGUAAUGGAUACGCUGCCAUACAUCACGUAGCAGAUAGAGGAGAUCCAAGUUGUCUAAUGGUAUUACUAGACGCAGGUUGCAAACUAGAUUUAACGACCAAAAAGAAUGACACUGCGCUGCAUCUUGCAGCUGCUGCCAGUUGCGUGGAGAACGUUGAUUUGUUGGUAGAAAGAGGCGCGAAUGUUCAUUUGAGAAAUCACAGAGAUCAAACAGCUCUGCACAUAGCUGCUCGUUCCCAUUCCUUGGAAUGUGUGGAGAUAUUGUUAAAGAAAGGUGGAUGCGAUCCUAAUAUCGAAGACAGCGACGGAAGAACGCCUUUGCACCUCGCUUUAGGUAGAUCAUUGUUAGCCUAUGACGUGACGGAAUUUUUGAUCACGUGGAAAGCAAACGUGAAUAAAACCGACAAAUACGGUUACACACCGCUUCAUAUCGCUGCUUUAAACGAAUUAUCUCAAUGCGUGGAUAUUUUGAUCCAACACGGAGCGGAUCUCAGCGCUAGAACGAAAGGUGGAACUAGUGCAUUGUCCAUUAUCUUACGUAAAACACCGACGUCUUUAAAUGUCUUUAAGCAGAGAUUAGACGCAUCGAUAACGCUUCAUCAGCAUGGAUCGGCAACUGGAGAGGCGGAACUUCGUCUCGAUUUCCAUCCUCUGCUUAUGAACCAACAACAAGGCGAAAUAAGAUAUCUUGGAACAUUCGUGAAGGAAGGAUACAAAGAAAUAUUGGAACAUCCGCUUUGCCAGGCAUUCCUCCAUCUGAAGUGGCAGAAAAUUCGAAAAUAUUACGUGGGCAGAUUGAUCUUUUACCUGUUUUACGUUCUCAUAUUAACAGGAUGGGUAAUGACCGCUCUGGCGCAUAACUGUUACAACGAAUCGCAUGGCCAAUUAGACAACGGUCAGCCACCAUUGUGCGCGAACACAACCGGUAUCAAUGGUUUUCUUUACAGACAUCCAGCUUUACUCGAGGUUGAAUGGUACGCAUUGAUGGUGCUCACGAUUCUCGAAGUAUUCCGCAAAUUGACCAGCAUUCCAACGUAUCCCUCCGUUCGCCAAUUCUUCACACAAGCCGAAAACAUGGUCGAAUGGUGUGUGAUAUUGAGCGUGUUCGCCACUUCUUUUAUCUACACGGGUAGAACGUAUCCGUGGCAAAGUCACGUGGGAGCAUUCGCGGUGCUCUGCGGUUGGAGUAAUCUUAUGUUAAUGAUAGGACAAUUGCCAAUAUUCGGAGCAUACGUGGCUAUGUUCACCAGCGUUCAAGCACAAGUAUUCAAACUUUUGUUGGCGUACGCCUGUCUCCUGGUAGGGUUCACAGCUAGCUUCUGCGUGAUCUUUCCACGAUCGAAAUCGUUCAGUAGCCCUCACAUCGGCCUGAUCAAAGUUCUGGUCAUGAUGACCGGAGAGUUAAAUUUCGAGGAUCUGUUCUUUCCUCAUGAAGAGGACGGGAAAACGAUUGAUUCGGGGAGUACAUCUUGGAUUUUGUUGCAAGUUUCCGCCCAGUUGUCGUUCGUCCUGUUCCUUUUAUUCGUCACGAUCGUGUUGAUGAACUUGCUGGUAGGAAUCGCGGUUCACGAUAUAAAGGGACUACAAAAAACGGCAGGACUUGCAAAACUCGUUCGCCAGACGAAGCUUAUCUGCGACGUCGAGACGGCACUUUUUUUGGGUCUGAUGCCAAAAAGAUUAAUGAAAUUUUUACGAUGGACCGCUCUGUUGCUACCAUCACCUUUGAGAGCUGUUUUAACCGUUCGUCCCCUGAAUCCGAGAGAGAGUAGACUGCCUCGCGAUUUGUUAGCCGCGGCGCACAAGGUCGCUAAGGAAAGAAAAAAUUGUAUAUCUGGAACUUUGUACAGUAGAAAGAGCAACGCCACUGUGUACACGUGUUUGAAAAGCGAGCCGUAUUUGACUUUUCGUCGACAUUUUCCAGAAGAAGAAAUUUCCACGGUCGAUGAUUACGCGAUUAAGGGAGAAUUGGCAGAAUUAAAAAAGAUUUGCGAGAGAAAUCAUCAACUUCUUCAGGAUAUCGUGUUGAUGUUGGUGAAUGAUAAGCGCGAAUAAAGAACAGGAUGAGAAUAAUUAAGUUUAAUCUGGAGAUUCUUUGAAUCAUAAUCUCGUGGAAAUAGCAAGGAUAUAAAUGAUCUAAAAAACUAAUCGCUAUAUGAAUAUUAGAGAUGUUAGAUUAUAUUGCAUAAUACAAAAGAAUUUUAUACAUAUUUUGAUAUCAUAUUUUAAUAUUUUUUUACGCUUAAAAAGUUUGAAAAAAUUAUCUAGAUAUUAUUCAAUGCUGAAUUUUUAUUAUUCAUUGGGAUAGUUUUAGAAUUUUACAUAGUAUGACGUAAUAUUCUGAAAUGAAAAAUCCGAAUGAUUAAAAUUAUUGAGUAAAAAAAACGUAUGCUCAUAUGUUUUCAUAUCAUAAAGCAAAAUUCGAAAGACAUAUAUGAAAACAUUGCAAUUUAGUUUCUGAAUUUAUCUCAUUUUCUUUUAAUUUUAAAAAUUUUAAUCAUCCUUGGCAGGUGAUUUUCAAUUCUUUAUGGGUUAAGAACGCCAUAAAGAUUUAUAUAAUUUUUUUUAUACAUUUGUGACAAAAA